GACUGACUUGACUCUCUCUGCAGAGAGUCAGGAGCCCCAUGCGCGGAGGAAAGAUGUGGCUGAAGCUGUUUUUCUUGCUUCUUUAUUUUCUGGUCCUGUUCAUCCUGGCCAGGUUUUUUGAGGCCAUUGUGUGGUACGAGACGGGCUUCUUCGCCACCCAGUUGGUGGACCCGGUGGCGCUCAGCUUCAAGAAGCUGAAGACCAUUUUGGAGUGCAGGGGGCUCGGCUACUCGGGGCUUCUGGAAAAGAAGGAUGUCAGGGAGCUGGUUGAGAAAUCAGGAGACCUGAUGGAAGGCGAACUUUAUUCUGCUCUCAAGGAAGAGGAAGCCUCUGAGUCUGUUUCUAGCACAAACUUCAGUGGCGAAAUGCACUUUUAUGAGCUGGUAGAAGAUACGAAGGAUGGUAUCUGGCUAGUGCAGGUCAUAGCAAAUGAUAGAAGCCCUCUAAUGGGAAGAGUCCACUGGGAGAAAAUGGUGAAGAAAGUGUCACGGUUUGGUAUACGAACAGGCACUUUUAACUGCUCCAGUGACCCGAGAUACUGCAGGAGAAGAGGCUGGGUGAGAUCCACAUUAAUCAUGUCCGUUCCACAAACUAGUACGUCCAAAGGGAAAGUGAUGCUUAAAGAAUACGGUGGACGUAAAAUCGAGACGGAGCAUAUUUUCAAAUGGAUAACAGCCCAUGCAGCUUCCCGGAUCAAAACAAUCUUCAAAUCGGAACACUUGAAGGAAGAAUGGAACAAAAGUUAUCAGUAUAGGGUGAAAAUAUACCUGUUUGCAAAGUUAGACCAACCUCCAGCUUUCUUCUCUGCAUUAAGUGUAAAGUUUACUGGCAGAGUUGAGUUUAUUUUUGUGAAUGUAGAAAACUGGGACAACAAGAGCCACAUAGCAGAGAUGGGCAUCUAUAAGACACCAUCCUACAUACUUAGAACUCCUGAAGGAAUUUACAGGUAUGGGAAUAAUACUGGUGAGUUUAUUUCCCUCCGUGCCAUGGACUCCUUCUUGCGUUCCUUACAGCCAGAAGUUAAUGAUUUAUUUGUUUUAAGCCUGGUAUUAGUUAACUUAAUGGCUUGGAUGGACCUAUUUAUCACUCAGGGUGCUACUAUCAAGCGCUUCGUUGUUCUUAUAAGCACUUUAGGGACCUAUAAUUCUCUACUAAUUAUUUCCUGGCUACCAGUCUUGGGUUUUUUGCAGUUACCUUAUUUAGACAGUUUCUAUGAAUACAGCUUAAAACUCUUCCGGUAUUCAAAUACAACAGCCCUAGCCUCAUGGGUGAGAGCUGAUUGGAUAUUUUACUCUUCUCACCCCGCCUUGUUCCUCAGCACUUACCUUGGUCAUGGGUUAUUAAUAGAUUAUUUUGAGAAAAAGAGACGGCACAAUAACAACAGCGACGAAGUAAAUGCCAAUAACCUAGAGUGGCUAUCUAGCCUUUGGGACUGGUACACUAGCUAUCUGUUCCACCCUAUCACUUCGUUCCAGCGCUUCCCCUUCGAGUCCGAUUGGGAUGAAGACCCAGAUCUGUUCCUUGAGCGCUUAGCUUUCCCCGAUUUAUGGCUCCACCCCCUGAUACCGACCGAUUACAUUAAAAACUUGCCCAUCUGGCGAUUUAAAUGUGCCGGCGGGCAUUCCGAAGAGGAGAUGAUGGAGCUCUCUCAAAGCGAAAGCGAGUCGGAUAGCGAGUGCAAAGAUGCCUCGAGAAGUGGCCGGGCAGUACCCGAGGACGAGCAAAGCGCCCUUCAGAGCCCUUGCGAAGGGGAGCCCCCGUGCAAUGGCGAGACCUGUUCGUGUGCCAAAGCCGGGUCAUACGGCUCACAAAGCUCUGCGGAAGAUACGGAGCCCGAUUGGUCCGUUUGGCCUGCCGGUAUGUUGCACUGUACGGAAUGUGUCGUGUGUCUAGAGAAUUUCAGAAACGGGUGCUUGCUAAUGGGUUUACCGUGCGGCCAUGUCUUUCACCAGAAUUGCAUUGUGAUGUGGCUGGCUGGGGGGCGGCACUGCUGCCCGGUUUGUAGAUGGGCCUCUUACAAGAAAAAGAAGCCAUAUAUGCGUCAGCAGCUGUUGUCAAACCAUAGCCCGUCUUAGGUGUGCGCUGGUAACGUCCUUUGUAACCUUCCUACAUAUUUACUGCUUGCCAUUUAAAUGUUAGUCACAAAACAGACCUUGUGGUUUAAAGUUUUAGUUUAAAUGUUAGUGCAGUGAAGUAAAAAUAAACAUGAUGCUAAUGUCGAUGACAGAAUCAUUUGGUUGCCUUGUAUGUUGAAAUAAUGAAUACGUAUUGUACAAUGACACCUUUCCUUUUACAGCAUUUGGAAGUUUUAAAAAGUUAACAUUUUUCAUUUGCUUUUUUUGUAAGCACAAAAAUCAUAAAUAUUUGUCAACAAAAGUAUAUUUCAGGAAAUGUUUUAACAUGACAGGAUAGGAUAGGAUAUGGGUGAACAUGGAAAUUUUAACAUACAAUAAUUGUUUUAUUUAAAUGUUUCUUCUUUUAGAGUUUGUUCAGCACACCUUUGUUGAAUAAUGUAUGGUCUGUGAGAAUACAUUUAAAAACAAAUCCAUGAAAAUAAAUUAUUUUAAAAGAAG